GGUCUGCCUGAAAGAGGUCCUUGCAAGGCGGACUCAGUGCCGCGGUGGCUUGUGGGUCUCUCUCUUUCCUUCUCGGGAUCCGCCGGCUGCACGAUGGGUAAGUGCCGUGGGCUUCGCACAGCCAGGAAGCUGCGCAGUCACCGACGUGAUCAGAAGUGGCAUGAUAAACAGUACAAGAAGGCCCAUCUGGGGACUGCCUUGAAGGCCAACCCUUUUGGGGGAGCUUCCCAUGCCAAAGGAAUUGUCCUGGAAAAAGUUGGCGUAGAGGCUAAGCAGCCAAAUUCUGCCAUCAGGAAGUGUGUCCGAGUCCAGCUAAUUAAGAAUGGCAAAAAAAUAACAGCUUUUGUUCCUAAUGAUGGUUGUUUGAACUUUAUUGAGGAGAAUGAUGAGGUUCUGGUUGCUGGCUUUGGUCGAAAGGGUCAUGCUGUUGGUGACAUUCCUGGAGUUCGUUUCAAGGUUGUCAAAGUGGCAAAUGUUUCUCUGCUAGCCUUGUACAAAGGCAAAAAGGAGAGACCCAGAUCAUAAAAGUUCUCUUCUGUUAUACAGAUAAUAAAGUUUUCUGCUAAGAAA